CAGGCUGAUCAUUGAAGCAGAAGUUCGUAAAUAUUAACUCUUCAGCAAAUAUUCAACAUUCAACAGUGAUCAUUGUGCUGCGAUGUGAUUAGUCAACAAUUCGCCAGAAAAAAUCCCCAAGAUGAGACGAGACGAGGAUCUCCCAUCUUACUGUCCUAGUUCCUCAGAGACAGACACUCUGGUGCCUCCCAAGCCUUCCCAUCGCCAUCAGUCUCUCAUCUAUACAGCACUCAUUUCCCUGCUGAUUGUGCUCACCAUAUUUGCAUCAGUGGAAUCUCUCAACCCUUGCAACAACCCCUUAGAUCCGGAUGUUCGAGACCACAUUCGCAAGGAAUGGGACAUAGAACUUCACUACCACCAUGAAAUGGAGGAGAAGUGGAAGCGUGAAGAAGAAGAACGCUUUAGAUUGAAUAUGUUUUGGACCAACUUGAAGUCCCAGACGUGCACGGCAUAUGGCACUCGAGAGUAUACUGCCCGAUUGGUGAACGUUCCAUCUCACUACAAUCGCCGCGUGGACGCUUGCAUGGCCACACCGAUAGAGAUCCACGGGGUUAAUUACACAACCAAGUGGUGUGAGGAUCAUGGUCCAAACAAUGUAAUAGGUCAUUGGGAAGUCGACCUGCAGCAACCAGAUUGCACAUCGUACUGGUAUUGGUACAAAGAUCUUGGCUGCGUUUCUCCUGGAUCCGGUCAGCAACUUGUCCAACACCGCCUUCAGAACCUCCCAUCAGGAAGUGAUUGGAGGGAGUUCUGUGCUACCACUCCUGCAAGCUUCCAUGGUAUUCAUUUCCUGGGGGCACAAUUCUGCUUUAAAAGGGUCUUUCAAGGCGUAUACGGCCAGUGGGUCCUUGAUGACGUGAGGUGCAACUAG